GCGUUGUCCAGUCCCACCGUUGUCGAUAUUUCACGGAUUCGUGCAUCUUCACCAGCUUCACCAGCUUCACUUCGCAUGCAAUGGCAAACAAGUCACCUACAGUAUCUCUUCUCGAGAGUUACUACAAAUAUGUAAUAAAACUUCAAGAUUACCUCGCAACCCUCAAUGAUCAAGUCCCAUUGGUGAAGGAGGAUGACAACUCGGCGUAUCAGAAUUUGAUUGCGACUUCCUAUGUUGCUUGCGAUCACGACCUUCCAUUGGAUUCGAAUGAUUUUUUGGGACCCGUGGACGAAUACCUGACUAUUGGUGAAGUAAUUAGAAUCUCCCAAGGUCGUCUGCUUACUGGGAAGAAGUGGAAUCUUUUGACGUUGGGCUAUAAGCUCCUCAACGGUGCUGUAACCAAUGACUUCGCUAACACAUUGGUUACUGCACUCCAUGCCCCCGAAUGGUGUACUUUGCUUCAGAGGAUUGGGGGGCAAGCGAUGGGUCACCUCUUAACGAAGGCGUCCAUUUUCAUUUCUCUACCGAACGGCUGUCUCUGUCAAAUGACCGGAAAGCCUUUGUACUCUUUACUAAAACCAAGAUCUGUGGCGCCAAGAGACUCCAAUUUCAAUACCGUUACGCGUACGAUACAGAAACGUAAAGCUCUUGGUCCUCCAAGUGGCGAACGGCCCACAAAACGCCUCAAAAUAUAUCCAAGAAAGAACACUAAGGCAUCAAAAGCCGGUGUCGGAACUACAACACGAUCUCCUGUUCAAGUGUUACUAAUCCGACAGCGAGUACUUUAUUCGCGUCCGAUGUUCUCGAAGGGUACCCAUCAAAUCAUGAUCGGGUUGUCACCGAUUCAUAUCCUCAACCGGCUUGAGAACCCGUUUCCGGGACAAACUUCCUCUCAGAAAUACAAAGAUCCAGAUUCAAAAAUACAGGAGCGGAAUGUUCGUCAUCUAGCGAAGUAUGUCUUCCCUCGACAAUACGGAAUGCCAAGUUCUUUCGAGUUCUUCAAGUUUUCGGAACGGGAAGCGUACAAAGUACCAGACUUUGUAGAUCGUGAUGGUGACAUCAAGAAACUGGCCAGCGCAAAACGGGAAGAAAAUGCGACGAUUAAGACUCCGAAACGGGUGAAGCAGAUUCUGCCAUUACUGGACAAGCUGAUCUGGAGACAUGGUAAAUGCAAAUACAAAAAGUUGUUAGAUGGCAGUUGCCCUUCAAAGAUGAAAAAUCGCGAGAUCAAUGGCACAAUAAUUUUGGAAAUGAUAUCCGAGAACAGAGUGCUUUCUCAGCUGCAUGGGGCUGAUAGCUCUCUUGAUACGGCAGGUAAUUCAAUCUUGCCAAUAGGACUCACGCAAGCGGAACGCGAAGCGAAACGAAAACCUCAAUUUGCUGAGUUCUGUUGUCCACAUGGAGAGUUGGUCAUCCCCAAGGCGUUCUGGGGUAACAAAGAUAAUUUCAAGCAGAUUUGUCGCCAUAUCAAGACGUUUAUUACAGCACGUCGGUACGACAAGGUUUCGUUGCAUCAUGUACUCCAAGGUUUAAGCACUACGGCGUGUGACUGGCUUCUGCCUCCAGGAGAUGGACAAAAGCAGCUCAGGGUUCCUGCGACAGACGCUUUGAAGCGUCGCGAAUUGAUGGAGGAUUUCAUAUUCUGGCUUUUCGAUUCUUUUAUCAUUUCUUUGAUCAGGACAACCUUCUACGUCACUGAAUCGUCCGCUUUCCGCAAUCGAUUACUCUACUUCCGCCACGACGAUUGGAACGUUCUCUGUGCGCCUUUGCUCAAGGAUCUCAGCGCCCAAAAGUUCAAGAAGAUUGAGGACGAAGAGGCCUAUGCAAUCCUUAACCAGCGUAAACUCGGGUUUUCCUUUGUUCGUUUGUUACCCAAAGAGCUCGGAGUCCGACCAAUAGUCAACUUGCGACGCAAGCAAGCUUCUUCUACCUUGGGUAGUAACCUGUCAAUCAAUGCUCUUUUGCAAGCUGCGUUGCAGAUAUUGACGUAUGAAAAGGAAAAUCAACCACAUUUAGUGGGGGCAGCGUGUUUCAGUACUGAUAAUCACUACUCCAAGCUGAAAGAGUACAAGCUGAGGUUAUCACGAAACUCUGAUGGAUGCCUGCCAAGACUUUACUUCGCAAAGGUCGAUGUCCAAGCUUGCUUUGAUACUAUCGACCAAACGAAACUGCUCGAAAUUCUGAGAGGAAUCAUUUCUGAGGAUACGUAUUCCAUGCAAAAAUACGCUCAAGUCAGUCCGGUCAUGGAGAAGCCUAGGACACUAUUCAGGAAAAGGGCAUGGCCCGAAGGAGACCAACCUCACUUUCUGAAGUACGCUACAGACUUAGCCAAUGCACUCCGGCAUACGAUCUUUGUCGACCAGGUCACUUGUCCCCUCGAGCGAAAGAAUGAAUUGCUCGAUCUCCUCGAACAGCACAUCAAGGAGAACAUCGUCAAAUUUGGGAACUGUUAUUACCGUCAGAUGAUUGGUAUUCCUCAAGGGUCAACGUUAUCCACCAUCUUGUGUUCGUUUUUUUACGGCGACAUGGAACGACAGUUCGGAAGGUUCACCGAGGAUCCUCAAAGCGCCCUCUUGAGAAAUGUCGAUGACUAUCUCUAUGUUACUACACGGCUGGAGAAGGCAAGGAAAUUUGUCGACAUGAUGUCCAAAGGUCACCCUGAGUAUGGGUGCUUUAUUUCGAAGGGGAAAACGCUGACGAACUUCGAUUACGACGAAGAAUUGAUGAAUGUAACGGGACCCAUGGACAAAUGCUUUCCAUGGUGUGGUUAUCUAAUCGCUAUGAAGGACCUGUCGGUUUAUAACGACUACUCCCGAUAUCAUGGUGGUCAUCUUCGCGAUUCUCUAACAGUCAACAGAGCGUGGAAAUCAGGAAGUGAAUUCCGCCGGAAGAUGCUGCUCCUUGCAAAGACCAGAAGCCAUGUUAUCUAUACCGAUCCUCAGCUCAAUUCAGAAAACGCUGUUUUCAUGAACGUUUACCAAAACUUUCUGAUCGCAGCGCUGAAGAUGCAUUGCUUUCUUCGUCACUGGGACGCUAAGGCGAAGAAGAACAAGGAUUUCAUUCACGAGACCGUCAAGCAAAUGUUCAGUUAUUGUUUCGUCUCCAUCCGGAACAAGACUCUUAACAAAGUCGCCAGAGAUAAUCUGGCGUCCAUCUCGAUACAAAAGGCCGAUGUAGUGUGGUUGGGAACCCAUGCCUUCCAUACUAUUUUGUCGCGCAAGGCCGCUCACUAUCACAGACUAUUACGAUCCCUAUCGUUUGAACUGGCGCUUCCCAAGAACAAACGACGGGCCAGACGAUUUAAAGGCUUGGUUAGGGAAGGAUUUGCAGCGUUCCCUUCAAUCAUUGAGUAGUUAGCUACCUGAGUUUGCAGUGUACAAAAGUGUAUACCCCUUGC